ACUAGUCGAUCUCAUUAUGAAAGACAACGAUUUGGUUAUAAACAUAAUGUAUGAGUUGAAUGCUCUGCCGCUCGCACUCCAGAUCACGUCCAUUGCGGGCAAUCUGUUGUCUCGAACACUGCUCGGCGGUCGCUCUGAACGUAACGAGUAUUUACUUCUUCACGCGUUUCACGAGAAAAAUUUCAUUUCUCCCGACAAAGUGUUCUCCAAUGCAAAGCCAUUAGAUUUCUAUGACAUGGAUUUUAAUGGCGAAUCCAUGCCGAAGAAGGCGACGGCUUCGCGCCAGAAGAAGGCCGCCUAUACGGGUGGUCUGGUCUUAGAGCCAAAAGUGGGAUUCUAUGACAGAUAUAUACUGCUUAUGGACUUCAAUUCGUUGUAUCCGUCAAUCAUUCAGGAAUUCAACAUUUGUUUCACAACUGUAUCCCAAACUGAGCCCAAAGACGAUGAGAAUGAGACGCCGGAAGAAUUCAUACCAGAGCUGCCGAACGAAGGACUUCCCGAAGGAAUACUUCCGAACGAAAUCAAGAAAUUAGUCGAAAGUCGACGCGAAGUGAAGAAACUGAUGUGUAAUCCGGAUUUGACGCCAGAUCUGAAACAACAGUACGAUAUCCGACAGAAAGCGCUCAAACUUACGGCCAAUAGUAUGUACGGGUGUCUGGGGAAGUCACCAGACCUUCACUAUAUGCCGCUGUGCCAUUCGAUCAUGAUUUUGACCAAUUGUACCAAUUUUAACGAUGUAAAGGCCAUCGGCAACAGAGUUCAGGCGGAAGUGAACAAAUUGUAUCGACUCCUGGAGAUAGAGAUCGACGGUGUGUUUCGAUCGAUGCUUUUGCUUAAGAAGAAGAAAUACGCGGCGCUUACCGUUCAAAAGGCGGCCAACGGUGAGCUGUCGUACGUGAAGGAAGUGAAGGGCUUGGAUAUCGUGCGACGCGAUUGGUCUAUACUCGCGAAGAAGGCCGGAGAGCGCACUCUCGAUGAGAUUCUGUCGACCGAUAAGUCACGGCCAACGCUGUCGUACGUGAAGGAAGUGAAGGGCUUGGAUAUCGUGCGACGCGAUUGGUCUAUACUCGCGAAGAAGGCCGGAGAGCGCACUCUCGAUGAGAUUCUGUCGACCGAUAAGUCGAGUGAAUUAAUUGUCGAUAACAUUCAUAAUUAUUUGAAAGAGCUGUCGGAGUGUAUCCGUCGGUACGAACUGCCGAUCGAAGAGUUCGUAAUCAGCAAAUCGUUGACUAAGAAUCCAGAAGAAUAUCCCGAUAAGAAGGGCUUGAGUCACGUGAGCGUUGCCCUCAGAUAUAACGAGUCGUCUAAGGCUAAGAAGUUGAGGAAUGGAGACACUGUUCCGUACGUGAUAUGCGAGGACAACAGCGGACGACCGGCCACUCAAAGGGCCUAUCAUUGCGAUGAACUCAAAGAAAAAGAUCUCAAAAUUGAUGUCAAAUAUUAUUUGAGUCAACAAUUACUUCCCGUUGUGUCCAGACUUUGCGAACCCAUCGAUGGAACCGAUUCUCAUAUUUUGGCCGAAUUUAUGGGAAUUGAAUCGAAUGUGAAAUUUAAUAACCAAUCGCUUCUGGAGGUGGAGAAUGCCAUCCAUAGUGGAGAACAUAAAUACGAUUCGUGCAAACCUUUGCUAAUGAAAUGCGUGAACGAGAGCUGCUGUAAAGAGAUAGCGAUUACGAAACUCUUUAAAACUAUUGAUAAUAAUGUCGAACAAAAUGCGACCGAAAGUGACAAGAGUUUGAGUAAAAAACGUUUGGAUCUCACGUUUAGUCGCUGUCCCGACUGUAACGUUGAGUUCACGGAACUAAUGGCUCCUAAAUUUGAGGUUCAGAUCCGACGCUUUAUUAACCAAUUUGUUGCACACUUUUACCAGAAAUGGAUGAUAUGUGACGACCAGAUGUGUUCGCAUAGGACUCGCUAUUUGACGGGAAGGCUGUCCAAAGUGGGCCCUCUCUGUCCCAAAUGCAAGUCUGGAAAUCUGUGUCCAGAAAUAAGUGAAUUCCAACACAACCUUCAGUUAACAUAUUUCAAACAUCUCUUUGAUUUAAACCCAUCGUUAAAGCCGGAUGGCAAACUAUUGAAGGCACGGUUCGGUCCGCUAUACGAUCGACUCCGACAAGUGGUUCAAACAUAUUUGGACGCAAACUCUUAUAAUGAAAUUGAUUUGAAUUAUUUGUUCCGCAAAUUACGGCCAAAGAAUUCAAUGAAAUAAUGAAAUUCAAUUGUAAUUCAGUUUAUUUUCACCAUUUUUAUACAUUUACGUAUAUAUUCAUCUAAAGGCACAUAUUGUUUAUGAAUUUUAUAUGUAAUCACAAUAUUAUUGUUAACAUUAAAGACCAA